UUCUCGAUGCUGCCCAUCGCGGAGAGGAACAUGCCAGCUAAAGGACCUCUGCAGUCCGUCCAGGUUUUUGGGCGUAAGAAAACAGCUACUGCUGUUGCCCACUGCAAGAGAGGGAAUGGUCUCAUCAAAGUUAACGGAAGACCCCUGGAGAUGAUUGAACCUGAAACUUUGUAGUACAAGCUGCUUGAGCCUGUUCUUCUCCUUGGCAAGGAACGAUUCGCUGGUGUUGACAUCAGAGUUCGUGUUAAGGGAGGUGGUCAUGUUGCACAAGUUUAUGCAAUCCGCCAGGCUAUUUCCAAAUCACUUGUAGCCUACUACCAGAAAUAUGUUGAUGAAGCUUCAAAGAAGGAAAUUAAGGACAUUCUCAUCCAGUAUGACAGGACCCUUCUUGUUGCAGAUCCUCGUCGUUGCGAGUCCAAAAAGUUCGGUGGACCUGGAGCUCAUGCUCACUACCAGAAGUCCUACCGUUAAACCUGUUCUGUACAUUUUUCUGGGAAUAAACAUUUAAAAAAAAAAAAA